UUUUUGGAGUGCGACCUCUGGCGGUUUGUAGCAGUUCAUUCAAGAUGGCGGCGCCCAGGCGGCAGAAAGUUCAAGAUUUGAUGAACGAAAAGGACGCCAUAGAACAAGAAAUUAAGGAGUUUCAUGAAGUUUUGGAGUCGCAAGGCAAUGUUGGGAUGCAUGGCCCACUCAUAGACAAGGAGGGAUAUCCACGCAGCGACAUUGAUCUCUACAGUGUCAGAACGGCAAGGCACAGGAUUAUCUGUCUGCAGAAUGACCACAAGGCCCUCAUGGCCAACAUUGAGAACAGCCUGCAUGACCUCCACGCCUUUGAGAGACAGGAGAGAGAACACGGUGCGAGCCUGCCCACCAACGGGGCCGUCAGCGCGGCCGCGGCCCUCGUACCGUUCGCUCGGAUCGAUCUCGUCUCGGAGGGUUCCCCAGCUGCAAAAGCGGGAUUACUGGAAGGGGAUGAGAUCAUUGAGUUUGGCUACGUCGACACCUCCAACUUCCAAACAAUGCAGGACAUCGCUGCAGUGGUACAAGAGAGUCAAGGGAAAUCUUUAAGAAUCCUGACGCUACGAGAAGGAAAAGGUGUGCCUGUUUCUCUGAAGCCCCAGACGUGGAGCGGUAGGGGGCUGUUGGGGUGCAACAUGAUUCCAAUCAAGAAGUGAACUAAUUAGCCAACAGGAGAUUCAAAUAAAUCAAACGGAUUUGCGCGAGACAAAACUCUCAUCAAGAAAUCUUUGGACAAAAGAGAACCAAAAGCUGCUUUGGGAUGAAAACAAAAGUUGAAGUGUCUCAGCUGGUUACCAGAAAGGAGUUCUGAUGAAAGGGAAGGUUACCUAAAACAAGAAAACAUUGUUUCAGAGGUAGGCGAGGAAAGUUUCUUUAUUCCAUAGAAAGGAAUUCAACAUGAAAAUUCUGUGUUCAUGGACUCCGUGCAUGAGCAGGAGAGGGCGCUGUUGUGCCACUUUGGAGAGCUGCAGUGGAGGGACACAUCGGCCAAGUUCGGGCGGUCUGCUCAUGACACGGGUACGCACUCGAACGGCGGGAACACGACCCACGAACACUGCACUCGGGACAGGAUCACACACCACCUUUCCGUCAGGAGCUUGCACGAACAAUUUACCCGUGUCAAGAACAGACCGCCCGAAUUCCACCACAGAGUGUGCGUACUGGUUUGCGCGCAUAUUGCGCGAAGUACGCAUGACUAAACUAUUCUGAAUCUGCACAAGCCCGUAAUGUCUUCGCGUGAUCGUCAGUUGCCGUCAGCAAUUCGUUCAAGAGAUCUUGUGUGUGGUGUCCCCCAACUCUGCCUUCGUAACCGUUGAGGGCGUACUUGUGCACGGAGUCCAUGGUAGUGCGACUUUGCAUUAAACCUAUUAGCAUGUGCUACAUUGUAUUACACUGUGUUUAUUCACUGAAGAACCGAUAACAUCACUGAGUGCUCGGGAGGUUUCGGGUGCUGCAGGGAGAAAUGGGUUAAUUUCCGACAAGUCUAAACCCAUAUUGCGGACCGUUUAAAUGGAACUGUAGCAUCAUAACGCAGAGCCCAUAGUGAUGUGACUCUGCUAAACCGUAGCAUCUGUGUACAUGUACAUCUAUGGCCAAGUUCGCGCAAGGACUAUAGUUGACCAAUGGUUAACUAACGUUUGCUCGAACUCUGU